UAAAUAUGCGGCGUGUGGUAUGCUUGCAACGUAUCCCCUGUCCGCCGUGGGCACUUCGACUUUGGACAUGCCUCCUUGUUGAAGAUGAUGUCGGAGGGGAGGAAGAAGCGAGGGAAUUAGCGGGGACUUGGGCUGAGAUGUGCUUGCCGUGGUGAUGCAAGGCUGGGAGACGGCGAGCCGAGAAGUGCGGCAGUCAUUGUUUGGAGGUGGAGGCGAGGGGGGAAGGGUGUAAAAGUCUCGCAUUUGUGUAUCCUGGGGCCGUAUGGAGUGUGAGUCCGGCCUUUUGAGUAAAAUGCAGAGUGCAUACAACAAAAGCUGCGCACCGGGAAGACGAAACCUUCAGAGAGGAAGCAGUUUUUGCUAAAUACAUCGGAUGCAGAACGACAAAAAGGUGGAAAAAAAUCUGAGAUUUUCAGCCGGUUUGGUUAGAAGGCACUGAAUGUGAUGUCGACAAGACGCUACCAUAACUUCCGGACCGUCGCAUUUUUUUAAUUGCGAGUGGUGCAGUUUUUUUUGUAAUCAGUAACUACGGGGACUGGGAGCGAGGUGGGAAGAAGGAGAAGGAAGCCGCAAAGGAGCGGGGGGGUUGGAAAGCGGCGCAUGCAACAGCGAAGAGCUCAAGUCUUUGUGGAGGUUCCUCGCCCCUGUCCGCGGAACAAUAGAAUUGACCCUGAAAGGGGAAGGAUUGUCACUCUUCCUUCCAGACCCUCGGGGGCUUUUACCGUCCAAAUCCUCCCUGUGCAUUAAAGGAGUGCGGGGGCGCGCACACACGCGGACGCGGAAUUUUUUUUCACACACAUUUAUAAGGAAAGGGACAUGGCUGUUGCAGGAGGGUUAUUCCACCAUGGGAUGCCACAACUCGACCACGGGAUCCAGAGCGAAACCCAGAUCGCGGAGCUGUGCAGAAGUUUAGAGGUGGGCACCGUCAUCACUCUGUACUUCUCUAAAAAGUCGCAGAGGCCGGAGAGAAGAACCCUUCAGGUGAAGCUGGAGACCCGGCAGAUAAUCUGGAGCCGGGGUCCCGAAAAAGUGGAAGGAGAAAUCGAUAUUCGGGAAAUUAAGGAGAUUCGCGCAGGAAGGAAUUCCCGGGAUUUUGAACGGUAUCAAGAUGACGCAGCCAGAGCCGAUCUGUCCAGGCCUGACUCUUCGCACUGUUUUGUCAUUCUGUAUGGGAUGGAGUUCCGACUGAAAACACUCAGUCUUGCAGCUACUUCGGAAGAGGAGAUGAACAUGUGGAUAACUGGUCUGAACUGGCUUUUGGGGGACACUGUGAAAUCACCGACACCACUUCAGAUAGAAAGGUGGCUGAGGAAGCAGUUCUACAACAUGGAUCGCAACAGGGAAGAUCGGGUCACUGUGAAGGAUUUGAAGAACAUGCUGUCUCAAGUUAAUUACCGGGUGCCCAAUAUGAAAUUUCUGCGGGAAAAAAUCACGGAUAUGGAACUACGGAGUGGAGAUGUCACAUACUGCCAGUUCGCUCAGCUCUAUCGUAGCUUGAUGUACGACGCUCAGAAAAAUAUGGACAUCCCUUUUCUUCAAAGGAGCUGUGAUAAACUGGAACUUAGCAAAGUCUCCCUACAAGACUUCCAGCAAUUUCUGCUGGAAUACCAAAAGGAACUGUGGGCGACAGAUAUUCAGCGGGUACGAGAAUUCAUGUUCAAUUACCUCCGAGAUCCUCUUCGGGAGAUUGAGGAUCCCUUCUUCUACCUCGAUGAAUUCUUGACUUUCCUGUUCUCCAAAGAAAACUCCAUCUGGGACUCGAGAUAUGAUCACGUCUGCGUCGAAGAGAUGAACAACCCGCUGUCACAUUACUGGAUUUCAUCGUCACACAACACUUACCUGACCGGGGACCAGUUUUCCAGCGAGUCUUCGCUGGAAGCUUACGCUCGCUGCUUGAGAAUGGGCUGCCGAUGUAUUGAACUGGACUGCUGGGACGGACCUGAGGGAAUGCCAGUUAUUUACCACGGUCACACACUGACUUCAAAAAUCAAAUUUAACGAUGUUCUGACUACAAUCAAGGAGCAUGCGUUUGUGACUUCAGAGUAUCCUGUAAUCCUGUCCAUCGAAGACCACUGCAGUAUCGUUCAACAGCGAAACAUGGCUAAUGCUUUCAAGAAGGUUUUCGGCGACAUGCUGCUCACCAAACCAGUUGACGUCUCUGCAGAUGGACUCCCGUCACCCAAUCAGCUUAGGAGAAAAUUCCUGAUUAAGCAUAAAAAACUGGCUGAGGGCAGUGCUUACGAGGAGGUGUCGAACUCUGCGUACUCGGAGAACGACAUCAGCAACUCGAUAAAGAAUGGGAUCUUGUAUCUUGAGGAUCCAAUCAAUCACGAAUGGAACCCACAUUUCUUUGUCCUCACAAGCAACAAGGUUUAUUAUUCGGAGGAGACGACAGUAAAUCAGACCAACGAAGAUGAGGAAGAACAGAGAGAGCCCAGCAUCGGCACGGACCUUCACGUGACGGAAAAGUGGUUCCACGGGAAGCUCGGCGCCGGGCGUGACGGCCGACAGAUUGCAGAACGGCUACUCACAGAUUACUGCCUCGAGACCGGAGCACCCAAUGGCUCCUUCCUUGUGCGUGAGAGCGAGACGUUUGUGGGAGACUAUACCCUCUCGUUCGGGCGCUUUGGAAGGGUGCAGCACUGCCGAAUCCAUUCCCGACAAGAGGCAGGCAGCCCCAAGUUCUACCUGACGGACAACCUGGUGUUCGACAGCCUGUAUGCCUUGAUUUCGCACUACCAGAAACAGCCACUUCGAUGUAACGAGUUUGAAAUGCGUCUGACUGAACCAGUACCCCAGACCAACGCCCACGAAAGCAAAGAGUGGUACCAUGCCAACCUCACGCGAGCCCAGGCCGAGCACAUGCUGAUGAGGGUGCCUCGAGAUGGUGCCUUCCUAGUUCGGAAAAGGAGUGAGCCCAACUCCUAUGCUAUCUCAUUCCGAGCGGAAGGAAAGAUUAAGCAUUGUCGUGUGCACCAGGAAGGGCAGUUGGUCAGCCUGGGGAGCUCGGAAUUUGAAAGCCUUGUUGACUUGGUCAGUUACUACGAGAAACAUCCAUUAUACAGGAAGAUGAAACUCCGCUACCCAAUAAACGAGGAAGCCUUGGAAAAAAUUGGCACGGCGGAACCAGACUAUGGUGCUCUCUACGAAGGACGACAGUCAGGGUUCUAUGUGGAAGCCAAUCAGAUGCCAACAUUUAAGUGUACAGUGAAAGCAAUGUAUGACUACAAGGCACAGCGGGAAGACGAGCUGUCGUUCUGCAAGCAUGCCAUCAUACAGAACGUCGACAAGCAGGACGGCGGGUGGUGGAAGGGUGACUAUGGAGGUAAACGGCAGCUUUGGUUCCCUGCUAAUUACGUGGAAGAGAUCAUGAACCCCCUUACUGAGAACAGUCCUCUGGGAGACCUGUUGAGAGGAGUUCUGGAUGUCCCUUCCUGUCAGAUUGCUGUUCACCCAGACGGGAAAGGCAGUCGGCCGUUCGUUUUCAAAAUAAAUGCCGGUUCAUUUGCUUCCUCGGGGGGAACGAUGGACUUGGCAGCGGAAACACUGGAAGACCUGAACGACUGGGUGACCAAGAUCCAGGACGCGGCUCGGAAUGCAGGUGCCAGGAAAGAAGAAGGCAAGAUGAUGGAGCGCAGGAAGAAGAUUGCACUGGAGCUUUCUGACCUGGUGGUGUACUGCAGACCUGUUCCAUUUGAUGAAGAUAAGAUUGGGAGUGACCGGGCCUGCUACAGGGAUAUGUCAUCGUUUCCAGAGACCAAGGCCGAGAAGUACGUGAACAGAGCCAAAGGGAAGAAAUUUCUUCAGUACAAUCGCCUGCAGCUGAGUCGCAUCUACCCUAAAGGGCAGCGUCUCGAUUCGUCCAACUACGAUCCGCUGCCCAUGUGGAUCUGUGGCAGUCAGCUUGUGGCAUUGAACUUCCAGACUCCAGACAAACCCAUGCAGAUGAACCAGUCCUUGUUUGCGUUGAGCGGAAAGUGUGGGUACGUGCUGCAGCCGCCCGUUAUGAGGGACGAGCAGUUUGACCCCUUUGACAAGCACUCAGUGAGAUCGACAGAGUUGCUCAGCAUCCAGAUGCAGGUCCUGGCAGCUCGUCACCUCCCGAAGAACGGCAGAGGGAUUACCUGCCCGUUUGUAGAGGUUGAGGUGUGCGGAGCUGAAUAUGACAACUGCAAAUACAAGACUGAAAUUGUAGCGGUGAAUGGACUAAAUCCUACAUGGACAGCCAAACCAUUUUCUAUCAACAUCAAUAACCCUGAAUUCAGCUUCUUGCGCUUCGUUGUUUAUGAGGAGGAUGUCUUCAGUGACCAGAACUUCUUGGCAGAGGCGACCUACCCUGUUAAAGCCAUCAGGACAGGUUACCGAUCGGUGCCUUUGAAGAACAGCUACAGCGAGGACCUCGAACUGGCAGCAUUGUUGAUUCACCUGGAGAUCUUGGAGUCCACAAUAAAGGAGAACGGCGAUGCUGUUCUGUCCGUGGCAAACUCAUCGCUGCGGGAUCGUGGCGCCGACCGCGCCAGCCAGGGGCAGGCCUACAGGGGCCGAGAGGGGUCGUUUGAUGCCCGGUAUCAGCAGGACGACUUGCGGCCUUUCCAGGAGCAGCACAUGGAGCACCCUGAGAGCAGGGAACGGAGACUGUUGAGGAGGACUAGGAUAAGUGGAGACAAUAGAUGAAACCUGCCAGAUGCGGUCCGCGUGGAUGCCCUGCCAGUUCUAGGGAUGUGGACUGCUGCAAUUUGGUUUCUAUGGAAACUCUUGCUGCUCGGGCCUAUUUCAGGCAGCUUCUUCAGUACAAGUCGUAGCCCUUGUGUUCACAGGAAAGUACAUUUCAACAUCAGAACAGCUGACUUUCAUUUUAAUACGUUGAUGAAAUGUAGUUUUGAAGAGAUGAAAAAGGAUGAUUACAUCAGCGGCGAUGGGAAGUAUUCACUAUUCUGUUUUUGAAAUGUGCGACCAAGUCAGUCAUUUGUGAGCCCCUGCUUAUUAAACUGUGAGAACUGUUCUUAAUUAAAGAACAGAGCAAAUAUAUAGUGUGUGCCUGUGUAAGUUCCUUGUAACAUAAUGGUAAGAAUGCCUUUUACCCAGAGGCAUAAUACGCCGUGAAGUAGAAUGUGUUUAAUAAAGACUUGUC